AUGAGAGGGCCCUGGAUCCUCUGCCUGCUGCCGGCGCUGGUGGGGGGGCAGCCGCUGGGCGCCGUCUCCGGGAACUACGAGGAGCGACGCGUGACGGGGGUGCGGGGUCAGGCGGUGGAGCUGCGGUGCGGACCCCCGGGGCUCACCCCCUCCGUGGUCUUCUGGAGCUUCACGGGAGGUCCGGGCCCGCCUCGGGCUGUGGCCGUGGGCAACGGUGCCGAGGUGGCGGUGGCCCCCGGGGCUGGGGCUCUGCUGGGUCGGGUGACGCUGAGCAACGGGAGCCUGGAGCUGCGGGAGCUGCGGGUGGGAGCCCACGGGAGGUUCCUCUGCCAGGGGCUCUUCCCGGAGCCCGGACACCUCCGCGUGGGAUACGGCGCCGUCCUCCUCAGCGUCCUGGUGCCCGUCUCCAAGCCCUUUGUGCGGCCGACGGCAUCGGCAGCGGUGGAGGGGACAUCAGUGGCCCUGAGAUGCACCGUGCGGGAGGGGACGGAGCCACUCAGCUUCUCCUGGCAGCACCAGGACCCCCGGGGGGCCCCCUUGGCCUCCCCUCCAACCCCGAGGGGCUCUGGGGACCACCUGGACCUCAGCCCGGCCAACCGCAGCCACGCGGGCUGGUACGCCUGCACCGUGGGCAACCAGGUCAACAACCAGACCAGCGAGCCCAUCUACCUGGACAUCAUCUAUGGCCCCGACGAGCCAACGAUCAGCGUGGAGCCCUUCUCCCCAGAGCCGGGGGGUUUCUCGGCAGGGGAGGGGGAGGAGGUGGUGCUGAGCUGCGUGGCCCCCUCCAACCCCCCCAGUGGGUACAUCUGGCUCCACAACAGCUCCCAGGUCCACACUGGUCAGACCUACAUCAUGGCCUCCAUCACCCGCACUCAAGCAGGCACCUACACCUGCCUGGCUGAGAACACCCAACUCCAGACCCGCACCCAGGCCACCAUCCUCCUCACUGUCUACUAUCCACCACCCGGCAGCCCCAGCUGCUCCGCCCUGGCCACCAAUGACCACCGGGCAGUGGCCCUGAGGUGCCACUGGCCAGGGGGAUUCCCUCCUGCCCGCCUGCGCUGGGUGGGACCAGGGCCCCCCUGGGAGGAGGAGGAGGAUGCAGAAGAAGGGAUGAGUUUUUCAAGGGCUACCAGCAUCCAGCCUGGGGUGGCCACCAAGAAUGGCAGCUCCUUCUCCUGCCUGGCCUCCCACCCGGCUCUGCCACAGGGGGCUGCCUGUGGGACCACCCUCUGGGUCCCGGACGGUGGCCCCUCCUGCGCGGCAGCGGCCACCAAGGGUGAUGACUACGUCAUGCUGCGGUGCUGCUGGGAGGGCGGGACACCCCCGGCCACCCUGCGCUGGUGGGAUGGCCAGGGCAAGGCCUUGAGUGACCCCGGACCUUCCACUGCCCUCCUGGUGCUGAGCGCCAGCGGCAGCCUCAGGGGAGAGGACUUCAUCUGUGUGGCCACGCACCCCCUGCGCCCCGCCGGCGCCCAGUGCCGCCUGCGGUUGGAGGUCCCCGUGCUGGAGGUGGAGAGGAGCGAGGUGGAGGUGCUGGAGGGCGGUGAGGCACGGCUGGCGUGCCGGCGAGGCGGCGGCAUCGACCUCGGUGCCACCAUGGCUUGGUAUGACCCUCAAGAGCGGGAGGUGACCCCGGGCAUGGCCAAGUACCGGGUGGAGCAAGGAGAAGCUUGGCUGAACCUGACGGUGCGGGACGCCGAGUGGCCGGCAGACACCGGGACCUAUCGCUGCGCCGCCGCCAACGCCGUGGGCACCGCCAGCUGCCCCGUCCACCUCCGUGUGGAACGGUACCCGCCCCCCCCCAACGUCACCAUCAGCAAACUGCGCUACACGCGGGCGCGCACGGAGGUGCGGUUGGAAUGGCGGACGCAGGGCGCCGGCAACCUGACCGGCUUCGUGGUGCAACGGCGCCAGGCCAAGGGCCCCCCCAGGAGGGUCCCCGGCCCCUGGGAAACGGCGGCGGGUGACAUCGAGCCCCACUCCCGCGACCGGCGCCUGGGGGGGUUGGACCCGGCCGUGGUCUACGCCUUCCGCGUCCUGGCUGUCAACCACCGGAGGGCCGGGCACCCCUCCGAGGUGCAGACGCCAGCCGAGCCCCCGUUCGAGGCCUACCCCGCGGUGACGGGAGCGGCAGUGGCCGGGAUGCUGGUGGCCACGGCAGCCUCGCUGCUGGCCGUGCGCUGGGUGGCCCAGCACCCCGACACCCUCCCACGCCUACAUCACCUGCUCUUCCGCACGGCUGGCGCCCAGGAGCCCAUCCACACGCCCGAGGACGCCGAAGCGGCCGCUGGCAGCGAGGAGGGAGCAGAACCAGCACCCAGCCCUGUCCCAGCAGCAGAGCCACCCUCAGCCCCACCAGAACCCACUGAGGACCCAAUCAGCGUCACCACCGCGGUGACAGCGGCGCCAUGAGCCCUCUGGCUUUUCCUCCCUAGUGAGAGGAUUCCGGCAACUUCUGGAGCUCAAAUAAAGAUUUAGGCUCAAAGAAACAUUUUUCUCACCGAUGGGAGAGGCAAAAAACCCACAGGGUGAAGCUUGGCAUUGGCUGGGUGGUGUUUCAGGGUGACGCUGGGGUUUGGGGAGUGUGAAGUGUGGUGAGGUGGGGAAGGGUCUUCCACCUUCACCCCAAAUUCCUCCUUUCUCAGACCAAAGCACGAGGUUUUCAGAACUGUGGUUAGUGAUGGCUGCUCCCCACAGCAGGGUCCAAGGGAAGGGUGGAGCAGGUCCUGGCUUGGGUUGGUUUCUCUGUUAUUUGGUGAAGAACCUGUUGGGAAAUAGCAAAAGUUGAGAGCCCAUCUCAUUUCAGGAUUAAUCCCCAACUCCUGCCAAAAACCACAGCAUCACUCUUUAU